CACCUCAACUCCAUAAGCCUUAAGCCCCAAUUAAGAAUGGGUAUCAUGAUUAUCAUCGCUGUUCUUCUUUUUGUGGACUCAUGUUUCAACAUUGUUGAAGGAAGAAUCCCUGGUGUUUACUCUGGUGGUUCAUGGCAAACUGCACAUGCUACAUUUUACGGUGGAAGUGAUGCUUCUGGAACAAUGGGUGGUGCCUGUGGUUAUGGAAAUUUAUACAGCCAAGGAUACGGAGUUAACACAGCAGCACUAAGUACUGCUUUGUUUAACAAUGGAUUAAGUUGUGGAGCUUGCUUUGAACUUAAAUGUACAAAUACUCCUAAUUGGAAAUGGUGUCUCCCUGGAAGCCCUUCAAUUUUAAUCACAGCUACCAAUUUCUGCCCACCAAACUACGCAUUGCCAAAUGAUAAUGGUGGCUGGUGCAAUCCUCCUCGCUCUCACUUUGAUCUCGCUAUGCCUAUGUUUCUCAAGCUUGCUCAGUACCGUGCUGGCAUUGUUCCUGUUACCUAUCGCAGGAUACCAUGCCGCAAGCAAGGAGGAAUCAGGUUCACAAUCAAUGGUUUCCGUUACUUUAACUUAGUCUUGAUCACGAAUGUAGCAGGUGCAGGAGAUAUUAUUAAAGUUUGGGUAAAAGGAACAAAGACUAAUUGGAUUCCAUUGAGCCGUAAUUGGGGUCAAAAUUGGCAAUCAAAUGCGGUUUUAACUGGUCAAUCACUCUCUUUCAGGGUUAAAGCUAGUGACCAUCGCUCUUCUACUUCAUGGAAUAUUGUUCCUUCUCAUUGGCAAUUUGGCCAAACUUUCACCGGAAAGAAUUUCAAAAUAUAAAAUCCGAAAAAAAAAAAAAAAGUGAAUGGAGGGGAAGAAUAGAGUUACAUUUAAAGGGUAUUGUUAUUUAAUUUGUGGGAAAAGUAGGAUAUUUCCGAGUGUGUUUUUCGAAAAAAAAUUGAGGGUAGAGAAUGAAAUUACAAAGUGGAAAAUCGAAUCCACACCAACAAAGUGGAAGUUCAGAUAGAUAACCAAUUAAACUAAUCUGACUUCUGACUGUGUUUCAACUUUUUUGACUAUAUUGGAAAUAGGUACAGAAAUAUAGUAUGGUUAAAGGGGAAAACCGAAAUGGAGAGAGGUUGAAGUGGCUGCAAAAUCAUGUAGCCCGCAGCUGUUUUUUUUUUUACUUUUACAAUAUACAUCACAAGUUUUUAUAAAUGCAUUGUCCUUCUGUUCAAUCUUUUUUACCUUAUUUCC